UUUUCUUGUCUUUCUAUAAUAGUUUGCUUUUUGUCUUUUGAUUUUUCUCCUUCUCUCCCGAUACCUCCCACACUCGAGCUCUGAAUCCGUAGUUCUUUACUCGGACUCGCUUUCCCUCUUACUUCUGAUCUCUGAACACCUUAAAACUAUAGAUAUGUUUUGUUUUUAGAGUAUAAUUAUGCUAAUUAAAGCUUAUUUUGUGGAUUGUUUGCGAGAUUCUCCUCCGGUGUGCAAAUUGCUAUAUUUCAACAUGAUUGACUGGUUCUUAGCUUCAUGUCGUAGUUCUGAUUCGUUGGUUUAAAAGAAUUCGCGUAUUUUGACUAUCGAAUUCGGACUUUCACGCAAUUUGAUGAUUCUUAACUUCAGAUUGUUCAGAUGCGACGUCCUGAGCAAUUUGAAUUUUGUGUUCAUCCAAUUUGGACAUUCUUUAGCUUUGGGACAAGAGGGAGAACCUGAUCCAGACUGACUUUCCAUUAUUAUUUAUCAAAUUUGGAAAAUAGAAAUGCAUUUGACUUUGAUAGGUUCCCCGUUGACUCAACAAGCAACUUUGCAUUGAAUCACACGCAUCAGGUUAUUCACAGGAAAAUUUCAAUUGGUUGUGCAUUCAUCUUCUGCAUUUACAAUUUCUAUUUAUAAUCAUCGACUUGUAGCAAAUUAUUGCUUAAUCGACCAAGUCCUAUACUGGCUGAGGAGGCCUAGAAUAAGUAGUUAUCUUUUGCAUCCAUUUGUGGGUUUCUGAUGGAUGAUGCUGGGCAUCGUGAAAAUGGAAGGCACAAAGCUGAUCAAUAUAAAUCAGCUCAGGGGCAGUGGUUGAUGCAACAUCAACCUUCCAUGAAGCAAAUCAUGGCAAUUAUGGCUGAAAGAGAUGCAGCCAUCCAAGAGAGAAAUCUGGCCCUUUCUGAAAAAAAGGCAGCUCUUGCAGAGCGUGAUAUGGCAUUCCUGCAUCGAGAUACUGCCAUUGCAGAACGCAACAAUGCCAUAAUGGAACGAGAUAGUGCAAUUGCUACCCUUCAAUAUCGAGAGAACUCCUUAGCCAAUGGUAGCAUGUCUUCAUGCCCUCCAGGAUGCCAAAUUGCCCGAGGUGUCAAGCAUGUGCAUCAUCCUCAGCAACAGGUGCACCAUUUACCUCAUAUGGGUGAUACUUCAUACAGCACCCGGGAAAUGCACACCAGUGAUGACCUUCCAGCAGCAUCAUUGCCUAAUGAAGCUGGGAAGUCACGGCGGGCCAAGCGACCAAAGGAUGGUAAGUCAACUUCACCUAGUAAGAAGACGCCGCGAGCUGCAAAAAAGAUCAAGAGGGAGGGUGAAGACUUGAAUAAGAUGAUGUUUGGCAAGGCGCAUGAAUGGAAGAGUGGUCAGGAAAUGGUUAAUGGAGGUGAUGAUCUUAACAAGCAGUUAGGGUCAUCAAAGGCAGAUUGGAAGGGUCAGGACUUGGGGUUGAAUCAAGUGGUAUAUGAUGAAUCAACCAUGCCAGCUCCUGUAUGCUCUUGUACUGGUGUUCUGAGACAAUGUUACAAAUGGGGGAAUGGGGGCUGGCAGUCUGCUUGUUGCACAACAACUCUAUCAAUGUAUCCACUUCCAGCAGUACCCAACAAGAGACAUGCCCGGGUUGGUGGUCGAAAGAUGAGUGGAGGUGCUUUCAAUAAGUUGCUUAGCCGGCUUGCAGCAGAGGGCCAUGAUCUGUCAAAUGCAGUUGACCUGAAGGACCACUGGGCCAAGCAUGGCACAAAUCGCUAUAUCACAAUCAAGUAGAUUGCGUAAUCUUUGAAUCCAGAGGAGCAAUAAAUAAAUAGGGAACAACCUCUAGUAAUCAACUGUGGAUUUCGGUGUCAUUCAAGGAGGAAAAUAAAGAUCGUAAAAAGGUAAGCACGGAAGUUAAUGAUUAAGGUAUGGUUGUGCCCGUUAGUGUAUUUAGGAUAAAUAGUUCUGCAGAACGUUGGCUAUAUAGAAGAAAUGGCAAUAUAACCAUUGUGGUCACUGAUACCACGUUUAAUCAGCCAAGAUAAUGGUCUGCUGCAGCCAGCAGCAUGUAAAAAAGUUGUGUGGUUGUUUUUUAACUGUUAUAUAGCCCUGAUAUUUGAAUCUAGCAUGUAAGCACAAUAAUUGUAGAAAAGUAUUGUCCCCUUUGAACCCUAUGAACCAAAUUAUUAGUAGUAGUGUGUAACAUGUAAAUUUUCUUUUUGAAUAACAAUUGUAUUUCCUAGUGGAGACGAAGUUUAGAGGCAUGGUUGCAAAUUACAA